AUGUUAGAAUUGAAAGAAUGGAUUCAUUUUGAUGGUGCAUGUUUCCCCUGCCUCAAAGAGAUUGUUAUAAGAUAUUGUCCCAGGUUAAGAAAGUCACUUCCUCCCCACAUGCCAUGUUUAGAAAAGCUAGAGAUUGAACAAUGUGGAAAUUUGGAACUGGAAUCAUUCCCUGCCAAGGCAUUCUCUGCUCCUAAACUUGAAUCUAUCCAUCUUGCUGGGUUGACCCAUUUGAAGUCACUACAUGAAGACAUGCAUACACUCCUUCCCUGUGUUCAUUCUCUAUCACUAUUUCACUGCCCACAGCUGCAGUCAGUUCCUCAGAAAGGGUUGCCUUUGAGCCUUGUCCAAGUUUCAAUCCAUGAUUGUCCUAAACUUUUUGCUUCUCGUAUGAGCUGGGGCUUGCAUAGACUUCAUUCUCUGCAUGAGUUCUCUAUUGGUGAAAAUUUUGAAACUGUGGAGUCUUUCCCAGGAGAGGGCUUGCUGCCAUCCAAUCUCAAAGUUAUUCGAUUUGAAGGAUUUUCAAAUUUGAUCAGAAUAAAUAGCAGUGGCCUUCUUCCCCUCACAUCUCUUCAAGGAUUAAGAAUCUAUAACUGCCCAAAUCUCCUAUGCUUGCCAGAGGAAGGUUUAUCAAGGUCCAUUUCCUAUUUAGUUAUUGAUGGGAAUUGUCCAUUUUUGACACAACGGUACCAAAAGAAUGGACAAGAGUGGCACAAAAUUUCUCACAUUCCUUGGAUACUUCAGUUUGGUUCUUCUUCGGCUCUUCAACAAGGGCAAGAAAGGAGGACCCAUCAUUUUCCAUCAAAGGGCACUGUCCAUGGCUUGAUUCCAUGGUUGGAUGAGGACGUUGAUGACCUUUAUCUGUAUUAUGCAGUUACUAGGCACUUUCUGCUUGGAAAUGUUGAAGAGCAAUGCUACUAUAUAGGAGACCAUAUUCAUAGCCAAAGCAGAAUUUUGUUCCAUCUGCAAUGGCCAGCAAAUUGUGUUUCUGGCUUUCCUGUCCGUGCUACUUGUACUGAUGCUGAGAAAUUGGACAUUAUGAUGUUAGAGAACAAGCCUUGGAUUAAGAGGCGCACAUGA